AUCUUCAAGGUUAUAAACUAGUGCAGAACAUCAAUGAGAGUGUUUAGCUUUGUAGACUGACAGAAUUUUAAUUAUUUUUCUAUUAUCUCGACAUUGUUUAUUAAAAUUAGCAGUUAUAAUUGACGAAUCAUCUCCAAAAAGCUGGCUUGACACUCUCAGCUGUCACAAUUAACUUCCACGGGAUGAUGAUCUGAGGACGAGCAUAGAAUGUCGGGGAGCAGUGAUUCCGAGGAAUUUUUUGACGCUGAGGAUGACAGUUUCAAUCGGAGCAGAAAAAGUAAUGGCCGUGAGUCAUUACCACCUGUUAGCCAAGUCCCAACAGAAAAACCAGGACCCACCUUGACAGAUGACUCAGUAUUCGUGAAGCCAGUGGACCCAAAGCCGCAGACCGCUCCAGCUGACGAGUCAAAGCCUGUAAGCAAGCCAGAUGACGAAGAGAAGACAUCAGACAAGCUGAAGGGCCGACGGAGGUUCCGUGAGCUGAGACAGCGGAUGCAAACCGAGGACGAUGACAUCCCGAUCAGCAACUCGCCUCCAGACAGCCAGACUUCCUCGAUAGAGGGUGUGUACCCUGCACCAGCUAAGACGACCCACCCGUUCCGGAUCAUCGAGCACGACACAGUCAGCUUGCAGAGCAUGACUUCGCUUGGAAGGGUCGGGAGAAUUCUGGCUGGGGCUGGGGAUUCCCUGUCUGGGGUUCUGCACCACGGAGUCUCUUGUCCGAUUCCCCUGACCCGGGACAUCCAGAUGUCAUCGAUUCCCAGCAGAGACGAAGACACUGGCUCGGAAAAGGCCUCACAGUCCUCCAGUGUCAUCACUCUUUCCGGAGAUAUUGUUCAGGACAGUGCUUCUGUUAAUGGCAGGAAGGAGUUUGCUAAUUUAAAUUGUCAAGCGAAUAAUGUUGGACUUCAGGAACCUGAUGUUAUUGCCAGCACCAAGGGCAAUGGCAAGACUCUUGAUAGAGAUCAAGCUCCUGUUGCUCCUCCCAGGAGGAAAAAAAAAUCCAAGCCUCAGACUCCUACCGAUCUUGCUCCUUCUGCAGCAGAAGGAUCGGUACCAGCUUCGUCACUGCCGAGCCCAGCAAGCACAAUCGAGUCAAUAACCCGAGAAUUCGAGCACUCUUUGGACAUAAGAUCAGCAACCAAGGGCCAAUACGUCGUGAAGCCUCAGGCAAGUUUCUCGAGUAAUAUCGUGCUUUACCUCAGAAAUGAUAAAAUUCCAGCUCGCCUUGAGUCAUUCGAGACCCUCAGAGGAUUUUAUAGCCACCGAUACCGGGAUGAGGACAAAUCAAAAGCAGAAGGCCCCUCAGCGGAGGAGAUUGAACGCCUGGAAAAGAUGAAAGCUGAGUUAAUAAGCUUGCAGUCCAGCGACAAGUCCAGCAGCCCUUUGGGCUCGUUAUCCAGCAAUAGUGUCGGCAGAUACUCUCUAGGACAGCACAGGUUGGCGACAAGUCUUCAGGGCACUCGGGAGAGACGCAAGUCUGCGGGAGAUCAGGAUAUGGUCAAGCAGCUCAAUAUGUUUGUUAGGACGAGGACUGAUUCUGGCAAACGUCUUACGGAUAUGGAAAUUUUGGAACAAGUGACAGUAUUAAACCUUGAUACCGGAGAACGCGUGCCUUUAAGUAUAGCCGAAGACAAAUUACCUCAGUGUAUGAACCCAUUAUCAUUGCACAUAAUGCGACUGACAUCAGAGUACGUGAGUAACUCGAGUUUGGACAAAGAAAAAGAAAGUGACGAAGAGAGUGUUGAUUCUAAAAUGUCCUCGAUUCCCCCUGACGAAGACGUCACCGUCGGUAGAGUCCGCAAAAAGACCCAGAAAAUAAAACGGUUCCUGGGGUCUACUGUCAGAAAGACCAUGGACAAAGCCAAGUCCAUUGCUCAGGAGGUCUCUCAUGCGAGACACAAAGAAGAUGUCAUGGACAUUGUCGACGACGUGUACCCUGGAGAACCUCAGUGCAUUAAACUCAAGGCCUCCAAUAGUCACAAAGGGCCCUACGAGUUCUCUAAUCUCCAGCACGUUCAAGAUCUCAGUGGUGAACACGUCGGACCUGUUUGGUGCAUGAAGUUCUCUGCCUGCGGAAGGUUACUCGCUACAGCCGGUCAGGAUCGAGUUCUUAGGAUAUGGGUCCUUAGAGAUGCUUUCACUUACUUCCAGGACAUGCGGACCAAGUAUAAUGCAGAGAAGGUAAGCCCAACACCAUCGCAAGAGUCACUGGUCUCCCAACAAUCAAUGGAAGAUCCAAACAUAAUAGCAAGCGCAUUGAGCGAAGUAGAAGGCACCAAGAGUCCUUUCAUGCCGAAGCCAUUUUGCACGUACACGGGGCACACCUCGGACCUAUUAGACGUAUCCUGGUCGAAAAAUUACUUCGUCCUUUCAUCCUCAAUGGACAAAACAGUCCGACUGUGGCACAUAUCUCGGAAAGAGUGUCUUUGCUGUUUCCAGCACAUUGAUUUCGUAACCGCGAUAGUGUUCCACCCGCGAGACGACCGGUACUUCUUAUCCGGGUCCUUAGACGGGAAGUUAAGACUCUGGAAUAUCCCCGACAAAAAGGUGGCAGUUUGGAACGAAGUUAACGGAAGCACCAAAUUGAUAACUGCUGCUAACUUCUGUCAAAAUGGAAAGUUUGCCGUCGUGGGAUCUUAUGAUGGCAGGUGUAUUUUCUACAAUACCGACCAGCUGAAGUAUCAUACGCAGAUAGACGUGAGGUCUACUCGCGGGAAGAACGCCAGAGGGCGCAAGAUCAGCGGGAUUGAACCCAUGCCUGGUGAAGACAAGAUUCUGGUCACUUCUAAUGACAGCAGGAUCAGGCUGUAUGACCUUAGGGACCUGAAUUUGUCCUGCAAGUACAAAGGAUACGUCAAUGUCAGCAGCCAGAUUAAGGCAAGCUUCAGUCCAGAUGGCCAGUACAUCCUAGCGGGGUCAGAGAAUCAGUGUAUUUAUAUUUGGAAGACUCACCAUGAUUAUUCCAAGUUCUCCAGCGUAAGGAGAGAUAGGAAUGACUUCUGGGAAGGAAUCAAGGCUCAUAAUGCUGUAGUUACCUGCGCUGUCUUUGCACCCAAUCCUGAUAGCAUCAUCAAGCAGAUUGAAGCCCGGGAAAAGUGGGACAAUCCUGAUAGUACCAGCAGCAAUAGUUCCGGAAAUCCUAAGCCUGUUGUUGAUCCUGUCGUUGAACAGAGGACCAAAGGUUGCGGAGGGCAUGUUCUUGUCAGCGCUGACUUUAAUGGCUGCAUUAAAGUUUUUCUUAAUAAAACUAAACCAAAGCAUAGUUCACUUCCCGCUUCUGCACUUGCGUAGAUUAUUUUUGGGUUCAUCGACAGUCGGUAAAGAAAUUUUUUUUAUCGGCGGUCGGUAAGUUUGGGAGAAAUUAUGGGGAGGUGUAUUUUUUAAUAAAUUUUUAAGUUUAUUUAGGAUAUAUAACACUGUUAGUAAAAAUUGUAAAGGUAUUGAUUUAAAAUGAUUAAGGAACACUAUUAAAUUAAAUGUGAAUCAAUUUAUCGACAAUAAGGAUGUUAAAAUUGAACAAUAAAUAAUUGAGUUUUAUCUUUUGGAAUUAUUGUACAAAUUUUUUAAGUUUAAGGAUAUUUUUUAAUAAACAAUCAAUUAUGAAAGUAUAAGCGUAAAUUGACGUUAAUUUUUAUGUAGUCUAAAUUUUUUAGCAAAAAAUUUUUUUGAGGUUUGAGCAAAAAAUUAAUGUUUAAAAAAAUAGAAAAUUCAAUAAAUAACGUCAAUUUUCGUAUCAACUUAAUGCGACGCAUAACAAAAUGGCGGACGAACUAGGAUGGCGGAAAUGCUUACUAACGCCAUCUUACAGCGAAUAU